AUGGAACCGACAGAUAUACUGGUAACAAGCAAGAAAAUAGCAUGGACUAUUGGAAACUUCAGUUCACUGAAGACCAAUGCCCCACAUUAUUCUGAUCCUUUCACCGCUGGCCAUUGUUCUUGGAAGGUUGCAAUCUACCGAGGACUGGAAGACGAGAAGUAUCUUGGUAUAUUUUUGUGUGUAGCAGAUACUAGUACUCUGCCUCAAGGUUGGAGCAUAGAUGCACACCUCACCAUCAUGGUGAUCAAUCAAAUUUCCAGCCAAAAAUCUUAUGCAAAAGGUUUGAGACAUAAGUUCCGUGCAAGCGAACGCGUUAGGGGUUUUCGAUCUUUCAUGGAUUUGACAGAGCUUCAAGACCCAUCCAGCGGCUAUAUUCUGAAUGAUUAUUUGACAGUUGAAGUUGAAUUUUUGGAACUUAAGUCCGAAAGUGUUCAGCCAAGUCUCCUCGCAAAUCCGACGGAUGAUGAGGCCCUUAGUGUUGAUUUUAAGGAUCUGGCGCAAAUUGAGAGGCCUUGGUGCCAUUCUUAG